CCUGCGGCGCGGCCGUCGCCGCCAGCCCCGUGUCCCUCCGCGGCCGCCGUCGCCGCCAGCCCCGUGUCCCUCCGCGGCCGCCGUCGCCGCCAGCCCCGUGCUUCCCGCCGCCGGCGCGGCCAUGGCGUUCCGGUGCCAGCGGGACAGCUGGGCCCGGCAGUUCGCCACCAGGGUGGUGUCGUGCCAGGCGGCGGAGCUGCGGCCCGAGGGCGGCGGGGCACCGGUGCGCGGGUUCCAGGUGGUGCUGGAGGACACCAUCCUCUUCCCCGAGGGCGGCGGGCAGCCGGACGACCGCGGCCUCAUCGGCGAGGUGCCGGUGCUGCGCGUGACGCGGCGGGGCCCCGAGGCCCUGCACUUCGUGCCCGCCCCGCUGGAACCGGGCGCCGCCGUGGUGCUGUCGCUGGACUGGGACCGCCGCUUCGACCACAUGCAGCAGCACUCGGGACAGCACCUCAUCACUGCCAUCGCAGAACAGAUGUUUGGAUUCAAGACAACUUCAUGGGAGCUGGGCCGCCAGCGAAGUCUCAUUGAGCUGGACACCCCCUCCAUGACAGCAGAGCAAGUAGAGGCCCUGGAGAGGAGCGUGAAUGAGAAAAUCCGGGAGAGGGUACCAGUGACAGUGCGGGAACUGGCUGCAGAUGACCCUGAAAUUGAAACAGUGAGAAGCCGUGGCUUGCCGGACGACCACGCGGGGCCAGUGCGAGUUGUUGACAUCGAAGGCGUAGACUCCAACAUGUGCUGUGGGACUCACGUCUCCAACCUGAGCGACUUGCAGGUUAUUAAACUCCUUGGCACAGAAAAAGGGAAAAAGAACAAAACCAACUUGGUUUUCCUGGCAGGAAACAGAGUGCUGAAGUCAAUCGAGCAAAGUCACAGCACUGAGAAGGCUCUCACCUCGCUGCUCAAAAACGGCCCAGGUGAGCACGUAGAGGCGGUGAAGAGGCUGCAGAGUUCUGUGAAACUGCUCCAGAAGAAUAACUUGAACCUGCUUAGAGACAUUGCUGUUUUGAUAGCCCGGGACUUCAAGAGCAAACCUGUCCGAAGUCAGCUCUUUGUGCUACACAGGAAAGAGGGUGACUCUGAAUUUAUGAACAUCAUCGCUAAUGAGAUUGGGACAGAGGACACCCUGCUGUUCCUGACUGUGGGAGAUGAGAAAGAAGCAGGACUCUUUCUUCUAGCAGGACCUGUUGAAGCAGUUGAGAAUUUAGGUCCCAGGGUGGCAGAGCUGCUGGGAGGCAAAGGAGCUGGCAAGCGAGGCCGCUUUCAGGGCAAGGCAGCCAAGAUGAGCCGGCGAGGAGAAGUGCAGGCUCUGCUCCAGGAGUUCAUCAGCCAUCGAAGCCCUGAAGCGUAAGAAACGAUUCUCGAAGUAGGGCUGUCUUUCCUGCUUCGUAUGAGCUCCACCAGCUUCUCUUCUGGAGAAUAAAGACGUAAACCCAGCCGCGGGUGUGCACAGGCUCCGUGGGAGCUGGUUUAGUGCUCAUGGAAAACUGGGGGAGAGGAUCUGCCAUCCACGCUCUGCUGUAAGGGUUCUUUCAUUUCUCUGGACGAAUGGUCCACACUCUUACGUGAUUAAAUGUAGACGUUAUUUAA